AUGUCGUCGACAUCAAAUGAACAUAGUGAAGUUUCCGAUGGAAAAAUAGCAACGGAAUCAGCUCCAGCAGGUAUGAAUUCCAUUACAAAUACAGUUGGUAUGCAUCGUACAGAUGAUGCAUUAGCAACACCACCUGAAACAAAUGUACGACGAGGAAGUACUUGUGAUAAACCAGGAUGUACGGCUGAACAUAGUGGAAAACCACAUGAUAUGCAUUAG